GCCGUGUGGGUGGAACUCAGGGUGGUUUGGUUGCGGGCAGUCUCCCAGCAACGGGUUGUUCCCCACUGAGUGCGGGAUUUGAUCGGGGCCAAGGAGCCUUCUGUCCCGGGGCAAUGGAGCCAUUGCCGGCCAGCUUUUAUGGGAAGUUCGAUGAGAAGAACCCGGUUGUAUGUUCACUUGAACAAAAGUUGAUCCUCUUUAUGAGAGAUAUGGAGAGAGUGACCUCCUACCGCUCGUACAGAAGAGGAGCUAAUGAAUUAUUUUGCAUCUGGAAUGAGUAUGAAAAAUUGAUACCAGUUCGUUAUUACCAAGAAAAACUACUGAAGAUUGGAAGUUUUCUAGUACAACUGAAGUUCUAUAAAUUGGCUUCGUGGCAAUGUUUUGGACGCUACCUUCAGCAGUUUGGUUCUUUCAGGAUUGAUGACGUUACAGAUAUAAAUGCAUUUAAAACCAUCUUUUUACCAAGUCCAUUUGAAACAGAAAGUGCCAGCUUAACGCUUCAUGCAUUACAAAUGAACUGCAUUUGCAGUUACCAUAUGGUGAAAGAAGCUGAUUCAAGAUUGCUGAAACCUGAUUCACAAAGGAAUUGCACAAGCAUUCUUAAGUUCCUUCGACUUACUAUGCAAGUGGCCCUACCUAAAGAACAACUUUGCUGGCUUAUUUACAAUGGUACAACUUACAUUUAUACCAUCUGUAGACAUUUGAUGGUUUUAACACUUUAUACCAAGGCAUUUGAAUUUCUACUAUGGGCCAGCAUCUGCAUGGAAACAUCUAUUCCACUUUCAACUGUUCGUUAUCUAAGAUGGAGAGCAACUCUUUAUACUGCUGUGUGUCAGUGUUAUUAUGACUGUGCAUCCGAGCUGACUGCAGAGGUGUUUGCUCGUCGUGCUUUGGGCAAGAUCAGUGAAUUAAGCCAACUGGAAGCCAUGAAUCCAUCUCCUCAAACUCCUGAAGUUGGAAAAGCCUUCAGAGAGGCCACUGUCAAGGUAUCAGUAAUGAUAUUUAAAAGAACAGUAUUUGAAGGUAGAAGAAAGCCAAAAGGAAUUUUGCGACCCAAGCAAAGAACUAAUUACAAAGAGUCUCAAAAUUUGCCCUGGCCACACAAUGCCACAGAACAUCUUUUGGCAGAAAUGUUUCAUGGCAGUGCAGCCCAGUUCCUUGCCAUUACAGAGGCCUUGUCAAGCCGAAGUAGACGUGUGCUACAGACAAGGCCUCCUUUUCCUCCUGAACAUGAAAUAUUUGAUGUGACAAAUGAACUUUUCUUAGCAGGACUGCUAAUCCUCUCAGGUGGUGCUGGUAAUACUCAGCUGAACGCAGCUGCUUGCACAGACCCAAUUGGUGGGGUAACCAGAACAAGUCCCCUUAUAGAACUUGCAGCUGCAGGUGAAGACGGUGUGAGUGUGGAAGCUGCAGUGAGGUUUGCAAAGACUGCAUUUUGCUAUGAGCACUUGGAAGUAUUCGAUAUCAUCAUUGCACCACUUCUCAGUUUCUUAAGGAAAAAUGAAAAUCUGGGCUGGAAGAAUUAUGAGCUUGAUUUGGAUCUACUGAUUGCUAUGGAACCGUUUAUUUCAUCACGCAAACCCAAGCAUGGACUUACUGUUGGGGGAACCUGUUCAAUAGGAGGAACACUUCAACCCGCUGGGGCCACUAUCUUAUGUGAUGAUCUCGUGAUACUCGCUGAAGCAAUGUUUGCGUAUACUUGUACUCCUCCAGAGGGCCCCACUCCAGAUGUUGAUAUGAUUGUGGAUGCAGUUCUUUUUCUGUGGCAGAAGUGCAAGACAGUUCUGCAGAGAGGCAACUUUGGGGUUACUGGUUCCACAAAAUACCUAAAGAAGCUGGAUAAUGUUGGGAAGUGGAUGCAUAUUUUGUCCAUACUUCAAGAAGUGAUUAUUUGGUGCAACUUAGGAGAUGUUGAUCCUGUAUUGAUGGUAGAUAUUACACUGUACUCAGCAGGGUUGCUUGAAACCCUGGCUGACGCCAGUAUAAAAUCCAAGAAGAAGCCAGGGGAUAUUGCUACACGGGAGACUCAAACUGACACAGCUACAUCUUCACAAACUCCAGCAAUAUCAAUGAAAACAGAACAUUGUACUCCAACCAAAGUGUUAGUGAAACACCCAGCUGAACAACUUGAUCUUGCAUGUAAAAUGCUUGAGAAAGCUUUGGAUAGCAUUUGCACAGCUCGCUCAGCAACUGUUCCAACAGAAAAAUCCUUGAUUGAUAAUAGCCAUAUAAAGGUAGAGUUGAGGAGUUUUCAUUCAAAUAUCCAACCAGAUGAACAGGAAGAAGAUAUUCCACAAAAAGAUUCUUAUAAAACAACACCUCUCCAAAGUUUUAUUGUGGAUUUACAUCUGGAGCUUAUUCAGGUUUAUUACAGAGUGGCAUUUAAAUUUCUCAAAAUGAGUAAUGAGCUACUGAAUUCUGAAAACACAACCAUCCACGAAACCAUUAAGAGUGAUGCAAGCUAUGGCUUUACCAUUUUAAAGGAGGCAGACAUCAUCAAGAAAGUCAAAAAGAACAACAUGUUGAAGGCUAUGUUUCUAAUUCAAAAAGUGAUGUAUCUGUUCAGCAAGGAACAGGACCAGUCUUCCAAAUAUCAACUUCUCGAGAAAGCUGCAACACUGCUACAGAAGGUCGAAACUGAGGAAGAGAUCCUAUAUUCGUUAAGAAGAAAACCAACAUUAACUGAUAAUGAAGAACUUGAUGUUGUACCAGCCCCUAUCUUGCUAUCCAGAACGCAUAAUUCUGUGAUAUUCAAGCCAGCUCAUUUUCCUUCUUCUAAAGAGGUUUAUUGGUAUCGCAUAUUUGGCCGUACUGCAACAGGAAGCAUUCUGAAAGUGCGUCUCAAGGAUUCUUACCUUCAGGGUACAGGACAAGAGGUACCAGCAUUUGCAGAGUGUUUACUGGAAGUAACAGGCCUUGAACCUAAUGAAAAGUACAUCUUUGCAGUUGCUGCUUAUUCAAAAGAUGGAACAAUAAUUGGAAAUGGAAUUGGGAAAACGACAAAGCCAAUCCUAGCAUAUUAUUCUCUUCCUAUCCUUACAGCAUGGACCUACCUUUGUCAGGUUGCAUAUCAGUUAGGGCACUAUCCAGUGUCUAAAGCAGCUUUCUCCAUUCUGUGGAAACACUUUGUUACACAGGGAUGUUUACAACAAAAUAAUUACCUUGUUACUGAUAAAACUGAUUGGUGCAUCUCUCAGAAAAGCUUAAACAAUGUUGCUGUAUCUCUGGCAUCUCCCAUCCUUCUGCGAAGUUUUCUGGCAACCAUCUUCAUUGAUUCGGAUAUUAGUUGCCAGGAAGAUGCCGUUUACUGUGACUCUCUGUCUGACAAUGGACCUCUCUACAAUGGACAACUUAGUAGACUGGCUAAAUGUGAAAGGAUUCUGGUGGCCAUUAAACUUGCCAGUUGGAUCAAUGAUGUCAAUCAAGCACUGCAGGCUGUUGCCCAAUGCUACGGACUUCUUGCACCCCUGAUCUUUCACAGAAUACCUUCAGUUCCAGUUGUACAGAUUCUCAUAAAAUGUCUGUGUGUCCUGCAACAUGUCAUUGAUGUGACCAAGCAAAGGAAGCAGGCUGGAGUAACUGAAAGUUUGCAACACAUGACAGCUUGCAUCACAUAUUAUUUAGCAAAGAUAUUACGAUUCUGGAAAGAGUAUAAUCUUGCAUUAGAAGUUGUAGUUAUCGGAAAGGUGAUUCUGCAAUCUGCAUCUCAGGAAAUUUCUACAGAACUAAAGACUGGAGGAGUCGAGGAAGAAGCUGAAUAUAUAAAAAACAAAUGGGAAAGCACCAUUGAAAAGCAGAAAUUAGCAAUUGAAAGUUCAAUGCAGGUGAUGGCAAUGGAUAAUAUUACAUCUGAUCUGAAAAGGGAAGGAACGACAGAACCAUUAACUGGAACUGAAGCAGCGAUUUAUAUGACAAUCUUAUAUGCACCAGUAAAUACUGCUUACAGUGCAGUCAAGAAAUUUAAAGGCAAAAAUCGAUUCCUGGAAUAUUUUGUAUUGUUGCUGGAGAGACUGGUGCGGGAGGAGGAUUAUGCAUCUAUUACAGAUUUGGUGAAAGAAGUUGUUGGCAUUUUAAGAAAGCGGAACAGUGUUCUUCUUGGGUCAAGGAAAACACCUGGAAAAAAAAGUGCAGUCAAACCUUUGAAAAAUGCAGUAGUUGUGCUGGAGUAUCACAAUAAUCCAAGCAAAAAACCGAAGAGAGACAAAGCAACAAUGAAGGAACUCUUACACAACUUUAUCAACAAUCCAGCUUUAAAGAAUGACCCCAAUGCACAAAGGAAACAAAGAGAAAGAUUGGAAAACAAAGCAAUGGAAGUUUUCCAAACUAUGCUUGGUCCAAUUGUACGUACCUAUCUGCAUCUUAAAAAAUUCAACAAAACUUGUAUAUCAGAAAUGCCAUGGCGUAGCCAGCUGAAUGUGCUACUGGGGAUUCUAUGUCUUAAUUCGUUCAUGAAGUGUUAUGAGAAAGAGUGUUGGACUUCGAAAAGCAUGAGCAGAUAUUCCUUUUUGGAUCCUGAUAUUUUUACUCUACAUAAUUCUGGUGGUCUACUCUUAGAGGCAGAGAGAGAUGAUACAGUAACAAUGCACCAAAUUCCUGAAAUCUCAUUGCCCUCUCUCAAAAGAAAUGAAAGAUCAUCAGAAUCACAUGGCUGGGAUGAUGGCAUUUCUGACAGUUCCGAAAGUAUCAUGAACACACCAGCAACGCAAGCGACAACUGAGGAAUCUGUUCCUGCUGCAGAAGGACCAAGCAUGCCAAGCAGAUGCAGCACUUCUAUGUUCAACCAAUUAAACAAAGCCUUUUUACACUUCAGAAGAGCAGUGGUUCUUGCACAUCGAGGAGGCCAUUGGACAACUUUGCAGAAUGCAUGUCGACUUCUGUGGAACAGUGCGCAUACUGUGAUGGUGUACAUUGCUAGUAUUGACUCAUUGAAAUCUGACACUUUAACUACAGAUAGUGUGAAGAAUAUCUUCUGUCUGCCAUUCAACUUGGCAGCGCAAAAUCUCAUAGAUAUGAUAGUACAACUACAGAAUACCAAUAAUGACAUCAAGUUUGCUGAUCCGGAUGGCAUCUUUAGUGUACCUAGCUGUGUAGGGAAUAUAUCAGAUGAUCAUGGUGGAUUCAGUCUGAAAUUUGAACAGCCAUUUGACAAUAUAAAUGUGGUUGACCUAAACUUAGUGUGUGCCAUUACACUUUAUGCUAUAGAAUUGCUGUGUCAUCAAAAAAAGUGGGAAUCCUUAGCCUACUUGGCCAUGCAUUUCAACGCAGUUACUCAUGAAAGGUACGCUCAGACAGUCACUCCCCUCUUGGUCUUUGCCCAGGGCCAGCUUCAGCAAAGAAUUAAGGCAUCCAAUGGGCCAGUGCCUCCACAGCCUCAUUUUGUAACAGCAGAAAUCGACUCCGGAACAGUCAUAAAUUCCAGAAACUUCAUUGUAACGCAGUUGAUUGUUGCAACACCUGAAGACAAAGCUGAUACUAUCGACCUUGAUAGGAGAAAUAUACACUCAGGAUUCCAGAGAGCAAAUGCUUUGGUGUCUGUUCCAGUGAAUGUGGAGAAUACAAUCAGCACCUUCAGGGCAUCACUGAUCAAUGUGCAUUUUGAGAGCACUGCCCUUAGACACAGCAGGAAACUUUUGGCACUACUCCUGGCUUACACGCAACAAAGACGGAGAGACAUCACGAAACACAUUCAUGGAUCUGUUGGGUUCAGUGCAACACCAGUACCUAUGGAAAAUGCCAAGCCUGCUGACCUAUCUAAUGAAGACUUUGGUACAUUUGAUGAUAUCUUAUGUAAACCGCUGCCUUGGUCACAGGUUUCACUUGUGAUUUUAUCAUAUAAACAUACCAUUGAAUUACUUCGAAUAAAUGGUCAAAGGAGUUUGUGUGCACAGGCCCUCCAUGAGCAAGGAAAUGUUCACUUCUAUGCGGGAAACAAGAGAGCAGCUAUUAGAUGUUGGUGCCAAGCAAUUGAUGCAAUAUUAAACAUGACGGACUUUAUCCAUAACUGGCAACACUUGGAAAGUAGCAGCAGCAUUUCAUUGGAACAUUCCAAAGAUUACAGUGAAGCCUUACUAGAUCGAGCUGGUAUUUGGGGUUGUUUACAAGCUGGAGUCUUAUCUGCAAAAAUAGCUCAGUUUAUGACACCAUUGGACUUCAGCUUCAGACUUGAUUGUUGCAUCUUGUCGUCAUUUUUCUUCAAGGCUCUGUUCAGGACCACAUUUCCACAUCCAAGGUCUGACCUUGAGUAUGUAUCCUAUGAGAUAGGAUUUGACAAUGAUGUUACUGAACUCAUUCCUGGGAUUGACCUCUUUUCAGACCGAUUUCGAGCUGAUGUACGCUCAGUGGUAGGAAGCCUAGACUUCCUUCUCCAUGAACUAUACAGUGCUCAGCAAAACCUGAAGGUUCUACCUUUAUUCACACUGUAUGAGUACUUUGCCAGUGCAGUCUGUCGUGAUGUAUACAGGAGUGUUUGGGGAAGAAUACUGAAGAUCAGGGUUUUAGCAGAUUUGGGCCUGUUUGCAGAAGCUUUUGAUGAAUACAGUUUCUUGCUUAAUGGUAAAAAGCUCCCCCAUGCUCUUCUGGAAGGUUUCAGAUCUCGAGAGACCGGGGUUCACAUAAAAUUUGAUCAAUCAAGAGUUCUUCUAACUGAGAAUUUGAUGGCAGUUGAGUAUUUACUCAAGAUACCUUUACCUCACAACUUACAAAUGCUUUAUGGUCCUUACCUUGUGAAUAAAUUUGAACUUGGCCGGACCUACCUUGCCAUCAAACUUGCAGCAACUAUAAACCACAUCCCGGAAAAGGCAUCAUUCCAAUGUUCAACUGAUUCAACAAAUUUUGAUGAAGAUGAAAGAAUUAUAGAUCUGGAUACUGAUCUCGUGGAUAUUAUACCUGAAUCAGAUUAUGCACAGGAAACCAGAGGAACAUGCCAACGACAUAAAAAUGAACUGGACGUUUAUUCCUUAAGUCACACCCUAACUCUGCCCCAGUUGAAGGAUAUUAUCUUGGCAGAUGUACAGAAGAAGUUAAACAUUUUGGUGGACAAACUGAAAAAAGAACAUGAUCUUAUAUUUGCUAAUCUUGCACCUGCUCAACUAGAGAUGGUCAUUGAUGCUAAAUGUCAGGCUGCAGCAGUUGCUUUCCAAAACUUGCAACUAGCAUUUAGUGCUGCUAUUGCAUUAUCUGCAGUUCAGCUCUUAAAAAGAUCCAGAAUCUUGAUUAACGUUAAACAAAGCAAUGUAAAGCCUCCUUCAUCAGCACUUAGAAGUACACCAGUUGAGAGCAACUCAGCUGAAGACCAGACUAAUAAAAAUCUCUAUCAAGACCCUUACAACAUGGAAGCACGUGGACGCUUGAAUCUGAAUCUUUGGUGGAAAUGUCGGCUAGUUAUGGUGACUGCCUUGAUUGCUCAAGUAUAUGGCAUUAGGCUAAGUAAAGGAGAAGACGACUUUUUGGAGACUGCUCAGCUCUGUGAAGACGGGAUGGAAGAAGCAAAGGCCUAUGGUGAUGUAGAGACACAAACUGAGUUUAUGCUGAAAGCUGUCCUGCUUGAUUUACAACUGGGUUGCCAUAAGGCUCGCAUCAAAGUACUUUCAGAGGAAAUAAUAAAUCUACUGAGUGCAAGACAGUUUCUUUCACCUAGAGCCCAAAUGAUUCUUGCUCAAGCUUUUCUGCAGCUCAGUGAUUUAAGGAAAUCAGAAACCUUGUGUAACUCAAAAGAAGCUGCAAUGCAGGAAAAAAUUAAUCUGUGUGUUUCAGCUCAGAAACUGAUUUUUGACCAGCUUGUUUCACUGGGAGAAAGUGUGCAAUGUCCAGAAGAUGAAAGGAUUUACCCCCUUCCAGUACUCCCAUUGAAAAAUAUCUAUCUUUCACAACUUAUCUUGAUGGCAAAAAUUAAACUAAGACUUGGCACUGCUUCAGCACAAUUGAUAACAUGUUCAGCUGAAAGAUGGAACAUAUCAUGCUGGCAAGAAACACUUUCCUGUUUCACUUCAGCUCUUGAGCUUUGCAGGGAAGCAGCUUCGAAGCAAAUCGAUUUAGAAGCAGAUUUAUUGUUUCAGAAAGGAAAGAUACUGCGCCAAAUGACAGAAAUGAAUUAUCAAAAGACCCUUGAAGCUGCUAAUUUUUUGAUGGAAGCUAUCAAUGUCAGUUACUUUCAUGACCAAAAUCUCUGGUUGAUCAGGCAAUCAUAUUUGGAACUUGUUUUGUUAUACUUUUACCUUGACGAGGUGGAGGAGAAGGAAGCAGAGCUUGGACAAGAAAGCAAAGCAACUUUAAAAUCAGGAAUCAUUGUAGUUGCGAAGCAACCUAGAAGAAGGGUUACUGGCCAGGGAAGACUGAUAGAAAUACUGCAACAUGUUUUGAGGCAGCCUUCAAAAUAUAAAAUGCUGGCAUGGACUGCCAUUAGAGCUGCAAAUGAGAUCAUCAGAACGCUACGCAACUCCCAAAUACUAACUAGAGACAAGAAAAUCAGUGAAGAAAGUAUAAAACAUUUAGUUCAAAAAGAAUUGCCUGAAUUCGUAAUUCUGGACAUUUUGGCAUCAUAUCAGGAUUUUGAAACCGAAAAUGAUGAAUUUUUGCCAAUCUUAACCACCAUACAAGGAGAAAAAGUGGAAAAGGAGGAACAGGGGACCAAACAUGUUGCACAAAAUGGAACUCCAAAUUACGUGCGAUCAUAUAGGAAGGUUGCACAAUCACUGAACUCCGUCCAGUUUCUCAAUUACAAUAACCACCUCCGUAGGCUCUAUAACAUCAAUCUACUUCCAAUUCGAAGUACAGCUGAAAAUGUGAACGGCGAAGGGCCAGACUACCCUGAUCCCAAGAUUCCUUUUACUGAACCUUCUGAGGCUCAAAUGCAUGAAGUUGAUACAGAUUUCCUGAAGUGUGCUAUAAAAGAUUUUGGGGAUGGAGCUCAUACACCUGUGUUCGACACAGAUCUUUGUCCACGCCUGGGACUAAUGCAUUCAUUUUUAAAGAACUACCUACCUACAUAUAAAAAUACUUGCUGUGCUGAGCUUAUUCCUAUAAUCCUGUAUGAAAUUUUUGAUGGCACUUUCACAUACUCGCAAUUCCAGCCUGAGAUUUAUACAAGUGUCUUUGGAGAAUAUAUGCUGACAACACCGAUGGACAGUUUUGUUGGUCAACUUACCCCUCAGAUAAGUGUGGCAGUGCAUUCUACAGACAAAGAGCUACGGGUCCAAUGGUACCUUCCUGCUCUGGCAUUACCUCCUCCAAGUUGUGAAGCCUAUAAGAUUUUACUUAUGUUUGCGUACAAUGUGAAACCGGUCACGCUGGUCAGCCUCAAGACAAGUACAUUAACUAAUGCUUCCUGUGGAUAUAAAUGGAUUCAUUUAAAACGACUUCUUGCAUUACACAGAAAGCUUUCUGCAUUAAAACAAAAGGCUGAGGCAUAUUUGCAACCAGAAUAUGCACUGUCCACUUCAUUGCAGUACACCCACAACAGACUGAAGCAAAAGUAUAUUCAAAAUGAACCUACAACAAAUGUUAGAAAACUACCUGCGACACUGGAAGAUAUGGUUUUGCAGUUAUGCAAAGAAAUAAAAGAAUUGUUUGUUCCUGCAUCAGAAACGAAGACUGAGACAGAGGUUCCAUUUGACCUCUCCUAUGAUACCCUGGAGCAGCUGGAACACAUAUUCAAUCCUGCAAUUGGCUACACAUUGAAGUAUGGGAGUCUGUUCAAGUGGUUAAUUUCUUUCUUGGAAUUUGAGUAAAUUCCUGUACCUUUACAAUGUUUACACAAUUUGGUACACGUAGUUGAUGACAAUGUAUUUAAAUUAGUUUGUUUUAAUCUUCCUUUUACAUUUUUUCCUAACAUGCAUACAAAUAUUUCUCUCAACAAUUAACUCAAAGACACAAUUGAGUACUUCGUUAGUAGAUAUAACAAAUAAUUUUAAAUUAAUUCCAGGAACAUUUUUUUUGGAAAGCAACUGUUAAGUUUUAAGCUGCUGAAUAACACUUAGUAAAGCUUAUUUUCUAAAUUUACACCCGCAUUUUACUUCUCAGACCAUGUAAAACCAUUUAUUUCAUUCCUACAAAUUGAACCUGGACAGUAUUUGCUUUGUAUCAACAUCCAAUUAUUAUAUUGGUUCAUUUUUUUCAGUUAAUUAAAAGAUUUGCAUUAUACCUACUGCCUGGACUUUCAUAACUUAUAGUUACAUCAGACUGUUUAUUUCUUGACAGAUUAUCAGCCAAAAGUGUUUUUAUGGACCCCAACCCUCUUUUAGAUCUUUCACACCCAGAGUGUUUUGAGUAGUAUAAGUGGUUAAUUAGCUAUUAUGCUGAUGGUCAGUAGCUGAUGUUAUCUGUAGUAUCUGGAACCCAAGAAAGAUUCUGAUGAAAUCCUGUCU